CAGAGAGGAUUAGCGUUAAUGCCGAGGAGUCUGAUGGCAAGGGACAGAGUGCUGGGACAAGGGCUGCUCCUCAGACUGGGCGUCUCCAUGGUGCUGCUGGGGCCUCUCCUUCCCAGCACAGACUCUAGUCAUCAUCCUCUUCCACGGUUUGCUUCCUAUGAAGUGAUAGUUCCGAGGAAGCUAGCACCCAAGGAAGGCAAAGCCACCAAGGAUGAGAAGUCCUAUGCCAUCAAGGUGGAAGGUGAGAUCCAUGUAGUUCACCUAAAGCAGAAGAAAGGAUUCCUAGUAAAAAAUUUCCCAGUCUUCACAUAUGAUGCUAGAGGUCAACUGAGAGUAGAUCAGCCCCACAUUCCAGAUGAUUGCUACUAUCAUGGGUAUGUGGAAAAUACCCUAGAAUCUCACGUGACCCUCAGCACCUGCUCUGGACUUAAAGGAUUUCUCCAGAUUGGGAGCUUAAACUAUGGUAUUGAACCUGUGGAGACUUCCUUUACAUUCCAGCACCGUCUUUAUCGAACAGAGGAGAUGGAACCCAAGGCUGUGAAGUGUGAAGUAACUGAUGGAGAAAGAAAACGUCCAGCAACAGUAAUAGAGACUAGGAAGAACUUAAUAGGUAAAGACCUGUCUGUAAGAUUCAGACACACCAGGUAUCUCGAGCUCUUUAUAGUGGCAGACAAAAAACUGUUCGACUAUCAUGGGAAAAAUGAAACCAAUGUGACAUAUCUCGUUGUUGACACAGUCAAUAUGGCAGAUUCUCAUUUUCAGUCUCUAAAGUUACGUAUACUUCUGGUUGGGCUAUUGAUUUGGACGCAAAACAAUCCCAUUAACAUUCCUGAAGACAUUAGGUUGCUUCUUCAGAGUUUUAAUGACUGGAGAAGACUUAAUAUUUCUCCACGGGUGAAACAUGAUGCUGCACACCUAUUUGUUUAUAAAAAUUUUGGAACACUAGUUGGGCGGGCAUAUGUAAGUGGGAUCUGUGAAGGCUAUUAUGGAGCAGGAGUUGAAGCAUACGUUUUUAAUUCUGCAAUACUCUUUUCAAAGGUUCUUGCUCAUGAACUGGGUCAUAAUCUUGGCAUGGAGCAUGAUCACACAGGCUGUAUAUGUGGCAAACACACAAGCUGCAUCAUGAGUGAAGCAAGUUCAAGAACCAGUCUAUUCAGUAACUGCAGUAAAAAUUAUUUUUUAGACCUAAUGGAUAAAGGAAAAGGAAACUGUUUGUUUAACAUCCCUGAACCUCAUGCACUUUUUACCAUUCAGCGCUGUGGUAACAAAGUAGUGGACCAUGGAGAAGACUGCGAUUGUGGGAACCUACGAGAAUGUAGAAGAGAUCCUUGUUGUCAUCACAAUUGCACACUGAAGCCAGGAGCUGUUUGUUCUGUUGGACAGUGCUGUAGAAAAUGUAAGUUUCUUCCAGCAGGAAGAACAUGCAGAGCAAUUGCAGAUGAGUGUGACCUGCCCGAGUAUUGUGAUGGGAUUUCAGAGUGGUGUCCUGAAGAUGUGUAUGAGCAGGAUGGAAAUGCAUGUAGUGACAAUGGCUACUGUUAUAAGGGGAAAUGCGCCACCCAUAAUUUACAGUGUGAAAGUAUCUUUGGAAAAGGAGCUAGAGCUGCUCCAGAAAUUUGCUUCAAUGAACUGAAUGUAAAAGCUGAUCGGUUUGGCAACUGUGGGGGUGACGGGAAAGAAACGGCAUUUGAGAAAUGCAACGAGAGCAACAGCUUGUGUGGGAGAGUGCAGUGUGUGAAUGUAAAAGACAUACCUGUCUUGGAGGAAUACGCAACCAUAAUUCAAACGCCGAUAGGCAAUGGGUGGUGCUGGGGAACAGACUAUCAUCCAGGGGUAGAUAUUGUUGACAUCGGAGUAGUGGCAGAUGGCACAAUGUGUGGCAACGCAAAGGUUUGUAUGAACCGGACAUGUAUGGCUGCUUCAGUGAUUAAAAGAGCAUGUGAUGAGGACAAAAAGUGCAGCAGGAGAGGAGUUUGCAACAAUAAUAAAAACUGUCACUGUGUCGAGGGCUGGGCCCCUCCAAACUGUCAGUUCCAUGGCUUUGGAGGAAGCAUUGACAGUGGCCCUCCCCCACAGAGAGUGAGUGCCAAAAUCUGGUGGGGUUUUUGGGCAAUAAUUGGUCUUGCUCUCCUCAUCCUCAUUGCUCUUAUUCUUGCUGUAAGAAGAUUUAAAAAAUCUAUCCUAUCAUGUCUGCGUCGUACAUUCCUCAAGAAGGCGCAACCAAAAGGUCGGCCAGCAGCGAAGGAUUCAAAGAAGUCUGAAGGAAGGAAACAACAUAAGUGAAACGCACAAUGGAAAAUCCAUCAUUUAGGGUUUCCCAUUGCUGCUUUAGGAAGGCUGGUGGUCCUGGCUGGAGCAUCAGUGAAUCCAAUUUACUAGU